CCUGUCAAGUUUCCCAUACUCAGCCUCACCAACUGCUGGAGCAACUGUAGCAGUCUUCUUGCCACUGUGGUCCAGCUUCCCAUAGUGAGCUGGUUCCUCAGCACCACCACGCUGUGUGGAGUACAAUAGCAGUAUUAUUGUAAUGCAUAGAUCCAGGGAUGACUUCACAAAGGGUGGUGUCCAAAAGACAAUGCAUAUGGAGGAACUGCCUGAUCGCCAAGCCAAAUUCCACCACUGCCAAUACACAGUGUACUCUGCACUUACACACAGUAUAGUAUGAAUACCACCAAUAAGAGCACUGCAUGCAUGAACAGUAUACAGUUUGUA